CUCAACGAGAGAAAAAGCAAAACAAUCAUUUUUAUCCCCUUUACCGGCUGCUUUUAGGGGCAUAGUGAAAUACAGUCUUAACCCAUUAUUGCAAAAGCAGGGAGUCGUAAUCCACACAGUAGCUUACUAAUAAAUGUAUCCAGUUCAGCACUAAAAUUUACCGAAAGUUGGCGAUAUUGCUGUAAUUACAUUUGAUCCAGGUUUAAAAUGACUUCCAAACGCCUUCUUCUCGAGCAGUCUCGAGCCGGCGACAGCAAGCACGCGGGGGGCUGCACCGGGCAGCGCGAGCCUGUCACUGUCCUGAUGAUAGCAACACGCGAGAACGGAACGUUUAACGGGAAAGCUUUUCAAACAAACACCGAAUGGACACCGAAUGGACAUUAUUGUACCUCAACUACGAGAGAGAGGCACUACAUCCAUAAGAAAUUUACCUGCGGCAGAGAGGAGGACGAACAAAGCUCAGAUCCGAGUGGGGUUCUUAAACAAGGCUGCCCUGUUCAUCGUCUGGUCCUAAAUGGCCACAGACUACAAGACCAAACCCAUAUGGAGGCUUGGACUUCAGUGAGAGGGCCUGUGGAGCAAGGAUGCUGCCUGCCAUCUUCCGAGGCCCCGCACCCACAUACAUCCUCCAUCAUCCACGUCCCACAUGACAGGAGGCCUUCUGGUCAUGCUGAUAAGGAGGUGAUGGCCGCUACCGUCCUGACCACACUGUCCACCAGCCCGCUUGUGCUCAACCCCUCCACCAGUGUCUCAGGUGCAGAGCUGGCUAGUAAGGGCUGGAAGGAUAGCCUGUCGGCCAGCUACAGCAGCUCCACCAGUGGGAACUGGAGCUGGGACACCAGUGACCAAUCUGUGCCCUCCACACCGUCCCCGCCCCUCUCCAACGAAGCUGGUAAGAGCUUCCUGCUUUGCUCCCAGAGUGAUGACAACAUUGAGGAAACAGAGACUACACACUUCCUGUUUGAGGACCCCAUCCCCCGGAAACGAAUGAACUCUAUAAAGGUGAUGUUUAAGUGUCUGUGGAAGAACUGUGAAAAAGUCCUCAGCACCUCCUCAGGGAUCCAGCGUCACAUCCGCACCAUCCACCUGGGUCGAAAUGGAGACUCUGACUACAGUGAUGGUGAGGAAGAUUUUUACUACUCUGAAAUCGAGGUGAACAUGGACACACUUUCGGAUGGGCUGUCCAGUCUCACACCCACCUCACCCACUACAUCCGGGCCACCCCCUGUCUUCCCUGUCCUGACCUGUGAUACGCCUCGAUCCGAGCCCGCUCACACCCCUCUCAGCCAAUCAGCACCAUCGGCGCUGUGCCACAUCCGCACUGACCACGCUUACCAGGCUACAACCUCUGUCAGCAUUCCCAGCAUGCCCUCUGAGCCACCUCACAGUGAGGACAGCAUUAGUGUAUCCUGGCAGUCACCUCCUGUCAUAUUUAAAGGCCCACUGGGCCCAAUGACUCAAAUCCGCACUGUUAGCAUCGGUGAGAAGAGACAACCUGUUAACCACACCGCCGUAAGCAAGACGCAUAUCAGCCCCUCCAAUUCCAAACCCACCACUGGAACCAGGAAACCCCGCAGUGAAGCCAAGAAGUGCCGAAAGGUCUAUGGCAUGGAGAAGAGAGAUUUGUGGUGCACAGCAUGUCGCUGGAAAAAGGCCUGCCAGCGUUUCACUGACUGAGCUCUAGUCAUUACUAUGUCAAAAUGUGCUCUUUGGUUGUUGGUGUACCAUGGACUGAGAACUGAUAAACUCCUCCACGCUCUCAGAAGGGAUUUAUCCUUGAUAGAUGAGAUGAUGCUAUUCUGAGAGUUGUGGCCAUUUAAAUGUCACUGUUUUCUCCAGGCCACAAGAGGGUGCUCUAUUCCUGCAGCUUCCAUAGUGGAACAUUGAGUUUUCAAUAAAAGAAAAAAUCCAAAAAUAUUUUAGAAAAAUACUUAUUAGCGUUUGCUGUAUUGUUAUAUUAUGGCAAAAAGAAAAUCUUUAAAAACAUCCAGAAAUAAGACUUUCAAAGCUGAUUUUACAGUUUAUUAUACUUUAAAAUUGUGCAUGUGUUCUUUGGAAUACACUUGUUAAAUUUGUUUGCAAUCAUUUUUAAGUGUGGCAGACUUUAUACAUGGCAGUUUUUACUGUUAUCAAAUUCUGUAAGCUAUUUUUUUAUUUGGAAUUGAGUAUUUUUGAACAGUUAACCAUCUUACUUUUGGUUACAUUUAUUCAGCAACCCAAAUUCAAAUGCAGUUUAAAAAAGAAACCUGGCCUAUCACAUCAUUUAAAUUGAAAUCGAACGGUCUAACUUGCCGUCUGUUCAAAGUUGAACUGUUUCUGGAUGGUUUAUCUAGCCUAUAAGCACUUUUUAACGCCCAUGAAAAUAAUUAGCUGUUCUAUUUCGUUAAAGCAGAAUACAGGUUAGCAUUGCUGUUUCUUUUUGGAAUCACAUAAUGCAUUCUCGCACCCUUGGCUCUCAUGUAAACAGUGACUGUUUUAGCAAAUAUCCAAGAGUUAUUUCAACGCACUUUGCUAUGUUUUUGCCUCCUAAUAUCUCUAAAUAAGAAUUAGCCUUUUAGAGAGAGCCCGCUGUGUACUUCAGCGUGAAUAGUUGUAGUGCAAGAAUGUAAAAUGGCCUCUCUGCACUAAAUGCACCAGAAAAACAAAUUCUCUGUCCCUUACAGAUCAACUGCAUACAUCUUUAUAAGCUAUGAGGUUUAUUCCUAUCAGUCCUCAGUAUUAAUUUAAAAUAGUUGGCACCUUAAUCGGCCAAGAUUUUACAGCGACUUUAAUAAGUUCACUUUAAAAUUUAACAAAGACAGUCUGCUGAAGUCGUUUAGCACAAUUAGGACAUAGUGGCAAGGCUAAUGUAUACUUUGGUUUUCCGCAUGCUGCUAAAACGUCAUUCACACAGUCCGCCUACUUGUACAUGCCUGUGUGCAUUGUCUGCGCAUGUGUCUGGAAUUGACUGUUCAAAAGAUUAUCAAAAUGUAGUCAUGUGCGCAUUUGUUGAAUGCAUCCACACGGGUUCACAGUGAAUAGACUACACUUUGAAAGGCUAGACCAGCUGUCCAUGUGAAAGAUGUAACGGCACAUGGAAAAACAAAGUAUACCCUAGCCUUACAGUGUACUUUGGUUUUCUGCAUGCUGCUAUGUCACGCACAAGGUGCACGAUGCAUACAUUUCAUCAUCAGCACAGUUCAUACGAAGCCCGGUUUUUGUAGCCUUGCGUACUUGUAGGCAUUGUCUGUACAUAUGUCUGAAGUUUACUGUACUAAAGUAUAUCACAAAGCAGUCAUAGUGCGCAUGUCGAUACAAGCUAAUGGUCAAUAAAUGUAAUCAUUACCACAGUCGGCAUGGACAAUCCACAUGCAGCCCAGUUUUUGUAGCCUUGUGUAGUUAUACGCGUAUUUCAUUUGCGCGUGUAUCUGGAGUUGGCUUCUAAAGGCUAUCACAAAGCAUUCGUAGUGCGCAUGCGUCGAACGCCACCAUUUGGGCCCACGGUCAAUAAGCAACACUUUGAAAGGUAAGUGAAAAAUGAAGUAUACCCUAGCCUUAAAGUAUACUUUGGUUUUCUGUGUGCCACUACAUCUUGUGCACAUAAAUUCCAUCAUCAGCAUUUCAUCAGUGUGCAGUCCAGUUUUUAUAGCUUUGUAUGAUUGUGCACAUGCGCAUGUGUCUGGAGUUGACUGGUCUAAAGUGUAUCACAAAGCAGUCUGUAAAGGGGGUUAAGAUUGGCAAGGAGGAGGCGAGAACCGGCUUAACAAUAUAGAUCAUAUUUAAUUACAUAAAAAGACACACACAAACACAUACAGGGCAGCUGUCUGUAAAUCCCUCUCUCUCUGUCCCAC